AUGGGCGAAUGCAUCUACGAUAACCCACCUACAGCGACUUCGGGUAGGAGAAGUGAGACAACAUAUGCAGUUCGUAUCGCUAUGAGUGGUGAUCAACAUGGUAUGUCACUACCAACACCUGAGGAUCAAGUAUCCAAUGUAGGGACGCACCACGGUCAACUGUCAACCAUCGGUGGUUCAACGCCAAUCGCCACACCGCUGAGCCAAGCAUCAACACAUGAGAUGGAAGCUCUAAGAAAUAGAAUCAGACUGCUUGAAGGCCAGGUCUCACAUAACACCUCAUGCCCAGCACAAUCACUCAUCUCGACGCCCGCUUCAAACACAGAGACAUCUUCGUCGCAGUUGGGCGGAACAUUUCAUAUACAUAGCCAACUCCAGCCGGAUGGGGCGAUUCGGCUUCCUCGCGUCAUCUCUCACAAGACUCGCAUGUUUGGGCAAAGCCACUUUGUCACCGGAUUGCCGCUGCUAAGCGAUGUUAUGGAGAUGAUUGAUCAGGGAGUUAUUAAGAACACCGAUCUUAUCACCUGCAUGCAAAAGUGCAAGGUCGUUGCGAGGCGUAUUAAAGCGCAACGUGCACCAGAAUGGCCAACGCCAUUUGCUACUCAACUACUAGACAAGGCUCUCUCAGACGACCUUGUCGAGUGUUAUCUUGGCACCGUCGAGAAGAUUUACCGUAUACUGCAUAUUCCUACUUUCAAGAAGAAGUAUGACGCGCUCUGGACUUCCGAGAGCGAGCCCGAUCGGGAUUUUCUGGCCCAGCUUAAAUUAGUACACGCCUUGGGCGCGACAAUAUACGGAGACAAAUUCCCUCUACGAUCCUCCGCUAUUCGAUGGAUCUACGAAGUGCAGACUUGGAUCUCUGAGCCAGAAUUUAAGUCGAGACUUGGCAUUCAAUUCCUGCAAACCAAUAUCUUGCUUGUCCUCGCUCGAGAGAUUGUCGCCGUGGGUGGAGAAUCUCCCUGGAUUGCCUUCGGUUCCCUACUCCGAACUGCCGUAUCGAUGGGUCUGCAUCGGGAUCCGACGCUUCUGUCAACAACUACCACUUUCCCUACUGAGAUGCGCCGGCGACUGUGGAGUACCAUACUUGAGCUUUGUCUCCAAUCGAGUUUGUCCACUGGAGGACCACCGAUGAUCUCAAUAGGAGACUUUGAUACUGAACCCCCGGGGAACUUUGACGAUGACCAAAUCAUGGCUGAAAAGGGUACUCCAAGACCUGAGAACAUUUUCACACAGAUGUCGACGUCGCGAGCACUACGGAAGACAUUCUCCACUCGACUCAAAGUCGCCCAGUUACUGAACGACCUCCGAACGGGCGACUCCUACAAAGAUACUCUGAGCCUUGACGCUGAAUUGAAGGCUUCCUAUAAAGAGGCUAUCCGGAUAUUACAAGCAACCAAAAAGACUGAAACAUCAUCCACCAGGUUUGAGCUGAGCGCAGUGGAUUUUAUCAUGCGUCGCUAUCUCUGCGCGCUACACUUUCCCUUUUUCGCAUUGUCGCUACAGGAUCCUCGCUACGCAUUUUCCCGAAAGAUGACAUUCGAGACCGCCUUCAAGAUGUGGUCUGCAGUUUCUCCAACACCAACUGUCAACUCAAGUGAUCCAACAGACGCUACCGAAUUCUCGCGAUUUGUCACAUACAGUGCUGGAAUGUUCCGAACAGCUGCUUGGCAGGCGAAUUUAAUCUUAGUAUGCGAGCUAAGAAACCAGAUCCAAGAAGAUGACAGCUUAUCCCCGCCGACAAUACGUUCUGACUUGAUGGGUGUGAUGGAGGAUGCCAGGGCCUGGAAUCUCCAGUGCAUUGAGGCCGGGGAGACUAGUGUCAAGGGAGUUCUUACACUCAGCAUUGUCCUAGGGCAUAUCAAGAGUAUCAUGCAAAAUGCUUCGAAAGAAGAAACAGCUCAAGGGGUGAUCAAGGCCGGUGAAGAGGCCGAGAAUGAGGCUUUGGUGAUUUUGGAGUCGAUUCUGGCCCAGUUGGAGCCCCAAAGCGCUGAACAGGACUCUUUGGAUCAGGCAUUCGACUUUACAGGCGAUUGGGAUAUGACGAUAGCUGAUGAUAUUUUUAAUGACGGGGCUUUCGAUCUUCUGGAAUGGAUCUUUUAA